AUGUCGGGCACCGGCCCAGCUGAUGCUUCAGCACCGACCGGGGGGAUGGCAGGUGUUAGCCUGAGCCAUUUACCCUGGCAACAGAUUCCGCGUUUCGUGCCGGGGAGCACCAAUGUGGAUGAUUAUGGAAGGCGACUGCAGUUCUUGAAGGCGCUAUGGCCUCCCGAACAUGUGGCUCAGUUGGGGCCACGUGCUGCAUUGCAGGUGGAAGGGUCAGCCUUUCAAAAGAUAAGUCGCAUUGAUCCGGAGCAGCUGCGCAGUGAGAAAGGAGUUCAGCUCAUUGUGGAGGCACUUGGUGGUGCGUGGGGUCGAACCACCGUUGAAGACAAGUACCACACCUUUGAGCAGGCAAUGUUUCAGGUGCAGCAGAAACCGGACGAGUCCAAUGAUUCGUACAUUGCUCGUCACGACGCGUUCUUCGAGGAGCUUCUAAGCAAACACAUCAAGCUGGAGGAGAUCCGAGCCUACAUCUUGCUUCGCCACAGCCAGCUUUCAGCAGAAGACAAGAAGCGUGUGGUGGUUGAGUCCAAAGGACAGCUGGACUAUGACACCACUGUCAAAGCUGUCCGUCUCCUUGGGUCACGGUUCUUUCAUGAUCUUCAGGUCCGCGGAUCUUCGUCGCAUAGUCGUGGCUCAGAACGCACCAAAGUCUAUGACAUCAACUUCGCCGAGGAGGACCAGGGAGCGGACGAAGAAGUUCACUACGCAACGGAAGACGUUGAUGAAGAGGCUUUGGUGGCCUACUAUGUGGAGCAGAACGACGAGGAUGCGAUCUAUGUGGCGGAGUUUGAGGACCAGAUCAUAGAAACCAUCCAGGACAGCGACCUUGCCCCGAUCUUCAGUGCAUACCAAGACGCACGACAGCGUCUUCGUGAGAAGGCCAAAGCCCGUGGAUACUGGCCGGCCAAGGGGCGCGGCAAGGGCAAGAGCAAGAAAGGAAAGAGCAACCACAAGGGAGCCCCUCGUGGCCGAACCUUAGCCGAAAGGAUCGCGACAUCGGCUUGCCGACUAUGCGGCCAGGUGGGACACUGGAAGCGCGAGUGUCCUCAGAGACAGGACAAGACCGAGACGACGAACCUGGCCCAUCUCAGCCAAGAUAUUCCCGAACUUCCCGAGAUCUUCCAGCACUUGCCCGAAGACACCGUCCUCUACACCGAUGAGGACCCGAUGACCUGCUACUGUCCAGCGCGAACAUUGAGCAGCUUUAAGGAGACACUUGCAAGACGAUUGUUAAUGUUUGACAGGAGCCAUAGGCACCAGAUGCAGAAUGGGAAGCAACCGCCGCCUGCGAAUGGCGGAAUUUUGAGCCGAGCAGAGAAGUCUGAGAGCAGGGAUAGGCCCAAGAUAGAUCUGUGUCCUGAAGACGCUGUCUUUGUAGCUACUGUGGGUUCCGAAGGGGUCCUAGACACUGGGGCUAGUCGUACGGUUAUAGGCGGGGACAGGGUAAAAGAAGUGCUUCGGGCCUUACCUGCUGAGUGCCGCAAGAACGUCAGGAAGGCAAGCUCAAGCGUGACCUUCCGUUUUGGCAACAGUGGCACGCUCUCUUCAAAACAUGCUCUGCUUGUGCCAUCGCCUGCAGGGAGGAUGCCAAGCCAGCCCAAGCAGGCCAUCAGUGUCCAGGAGGCGCUUGCAGCAGUCGACCUCGACCAGCAGCUGUCCGGAGAGGAGGACACCAACCUUGUGAAGGAGAAGCUGGUGCUGGAGAAGUAUCGGACUGCCACGUUCGUCAAGCCACCGGGCAUCGGAACGUUGCGCGAGUGGGGAGAAGUGGUGCUGCCCGAGGGGAAGCACAAGCAGUCGACGCAUGCCCAAGUGUUCAACAAGGACAUGGCGUAUGCAGCUUUGAUGGCCCGAAAGACAUCGUUGACGAGUCCAUGGGCUUUGAGUUUCAAAAAUUACUGCAUUGCGCGUUUCCAGAAAGCUGCCGAGGUCAAGCACCAUGGGGAGACGACUGCGCCAAAGGGCCAGAGGCCGGUCCUUCCGAAGAAUCCAGAUCCAACAACAGUGCCCCUCCCCGAGAACGAGGACAGCGACGAUUGGAAGCUAUGUGUGACCGAGAGCGAGCCGUCGAACAAAGAGAGAUCGGGGAAGCGAGCCAGUCAUGCCAGCAGUUCGUCGAUGACGCAGGGACGGAUGCAGCUGGACAUCACCGACCAGGACCAGAUGCUCAUCAACACCCGUCGAGCGCUCCUGCUUCGAGAGCUCAGUCACCUCGAGCAGUUGGAGCAGCCCCGGAAGGAGGAGCAGACGGACCAUGCGUUUAAUGCUCCACUUUAUGGCCCUGGUUCCCGAUACAGACUUGCCACGGUCGAUGUCAUUGAAGUAAGCGCCAGUGUGGGCAAUGUCGUGGGCGCCACGAUCCGUAAGAUGGGAGGCAAAGCUGUAGUUCUGAAUCAAUCCAAGGACAUUGGCACCCUCAAAGAUUCUCAUGGCAAGCUUUGGCAGAUGAUAUACAUGUACGAGCCAAACCAUCUCUUCGUGGAUGUCCGACAGCCUUGGAGUAGGGAACGUUGUGUACUGUUCAUCACCUACCUGAACUGGGCAAAGGACAAGCGCCGCCAGGUUAGCCUGACGGCCUAUGGGAUCCGCAACGUUAAGAGUGCUGAGGCCAAUUUUCGCGGGUCACUGGGCGCUGCUGGGUCCUCGAGUAAUGUUUCCGACUCUCCAGUGGAGCCUCGACGUAAGUUCAUGUUCACCCAUGUGCUAGAUGAAGCGACGCUAUUCCAGCAGGCUGAUGCGACAGGCGAAGCCCACUGGCAGCUGGGACGUGUUGAGGCACAUGGAAAGAUCCUGAAGGCCAUGCUGACUCGCAUGGACCAACAGGAACCAAUCAACUCCGAUGCCGAGUUUCGCGAGCUACCCUCCCGAAUUGAUGUGAAAACAGAAGGCGAGGCGCCAGUAGCUCAGCCUGAGGUUCUUGAAGGGGACUCCGCUCCUGUAGACAUGGACCUAGGGGUAGCCGAGGGUGUAGGGCCAGCAGUUGCCGUCGUAGAUCCUGAGCAGCCUGAGCAUGAAGUAUCGCCCACUGUCUCCAUGCAGUCUGUCCCUGAGCAAGAGACAGCUCCUGAGCCUGCAGCUUAUGAUGUACCGGUUCCUAGUGAUGAUGAGGAGUUGCUUUUCGGUGACACUGAAUGUUUUCUAGCGUAUCCGGAGUCAGGACAAGCUUGGGAGAUUGUGCUGCAUGAAUCAGAAGUUAAGUUUGCCGAUUUGCCUUCGGCGAGCCAGUCACUACAUUUUGCGAUGCUAGCCUCUGCUGAGCGCAAGACGAGGGUCGAAGUUCGGAUGCGCGACUUAACAGCUGAAGAACAGGGUUUGUUCGACAAGGCCAAGGACAAAGAGGUCAGGGCCUGGUUGGAUCAUAGGACCGUUCGGCGAGUAGCGCAGGGAACCUUAGAUGAUCGUCAGCUGAUGCGCUGCCGCUGGCUUCUCACCUGGAAACCGCCGGAAAAGGAAAUACCCAAUGACGCUCCGACCUUAGGGAAGGAUGCUAGGCAGCUUCUCAUCCAAAAGGUGGUUUCAAACAGGUGGAAGCUAAUUAAUUUCGAUAUCUCCACGGCGUUCUUGCAGGGGCGCGGAGAUGGCCGUAAGCUUGGAAUUCGGCCGCCUGAAGAGCUCCGAGCAGCCCUCGGCAUGAAGCCAGAAGAUCAAUGUCAGCUAGAUGGUGGGGCCUAUGGUAGAAUAGAUGCGCCCUUUCUCUGGUUCCAGACCCUCAAAGAGACUCUUGAGAAACUUGGCUUCUUGCAGAGUCCUUUCGACGCCUGUUCGUUUUCGCUUGUGACCCAAGACAAACAAGGGAAACCCAAAGUUCAUGGGGUCCUAGGCGUUCAUGUAGACGAUGGGAUCGGGGGUGGCGAUGCGUACUUUUCCAGGGUGAUUCAGCAGCUUAGGGACAUCUAUAGUUUUGGGUCGUACGAGGAAGGGGAUUUCACUUUCACGGGCAUUAGGUUCCGGCAGUGGGAUGACUGUAGUGUUGAGAUGGAUCAGAUCCAGUACAUCGAAAAGAUACAGCCGAUCCAUGUCAGCCGGAAUCGCAGAGCCGAACCGAACGCUCCACUGUGUCCGGAGGAGAUCAAAGAACUUCGCCGGUUGAACGGGUCGUUACAGUACGCGGCGGUACACACUAGACCUGAUAUAGCAGCCAAGGUUGGAAUGCUUCAGUCUGCCAUUGUCAGGGGCGAAGUUAGGCAUCUUCUGGAGGCCAACCGCGUAUUGUUUGAAGCCAAGACUCGUCCAGUGUCUCUAAUGUCGGUCCCGAUUCCUGAAAGUCACCUCACAUUUUGUGCCUUCUCAGAUGCUUCGUUCGCUACCACAAAAGACAAUCACUCUUAUCAGGGGACCCUCAUAGUUGCUACGGAUCAUCGAAUGUUGGCAAAUGAGACAGCAGUCAUUGUGCCCAUGGCCUGGACAAGCAAGAAGAUAGCGCGGGUUGUUCGUAGUACUCUCAGUGCUGAAGUUGUAGCCCUAAGUGGUUCUGUUGAUAGGAUGUCCUGGCUACGGCUCUUUUGGGAGUGGUUUAAGAGUCCCGACAUCGACUUGACUCGGCCAGAUUUGAUUCUGCGUAGGUCUCCCCAGGCAUCUCUGGUGACGGACUGCAAGAGCGCGUAUGACAUUUCUACUCGCACUGCAGUUCCCAACUGCGUGGAACUGCGUACUCAGUUAGAGUGUCUGCUGUUGAGAGAACGUCUCCAAGAGAAUUGCCAGAUGAGAUGGGUGAAUUCACGAGCAAUGCUGGCGGACUGUCUGACCAAGACUAUGGAUAGUACAAGUCUCCGGAAGAGUUUGUCAGAGGGAACUUAUGCUCUAGUCGACGAGGCAGAGAACCUUAGGAGUAGAGCUGGGAAGAGACAGUCGCUAUCAUGGCUUAAGAUGAAGUCACCACAGAUUUCUGAACACAAGUGA